GUCAUAACACUCAUUUGCAUGGAGUAAUCGCCAUCUUGCCCCUAGCUAAGGGCCUCACUUGGGUGAAGUUAUUAGCGGCCUGUCUGUCUUCAUUUAGCGGACUCUCGGUCCAGAGACUUGGACUUGACAACCGUUUACUAACGGUCGGACCGUGUUCCACUAUUUGAAUUUGAAAACAGAAGAGUUUUUUUGUUUGGAAGCUUGGUAAAGAAAAUACUAGUUAUCAGCCAGUGAUUUUUCACAGAAACGUUAGAUUAGGUUCAAGUAUUCGCGAUUUUUAUGAGGUAAGCUACUGGAUAAGCUUGAGUUGUGAUAUACCUACUUACAUUGAGAAUAAAAAACAUAAGCAGUUCGACUCGCCAGCGUCUUGUUAGCUCAUGAUGAGGGACUACAGUUAGGUCCAGAAGUAAUCGGGCUAUCCCUAUAUAACACGUGACUAAACCUUUAAUAAAUAAAUCAUUCUCAACCAUCCAUUUGUCAAUAUUUUCUCCUGAGAAAUUUUCUAAAAAAUUUCCAUCUUUAGGCAAGUAUUUACUGAAACAACAAAUUUCACAUGAACAAUUGUUCUGUAAAUAAAUCCUUACAUAAAUGUAGUAUGAACGUUUGUGUCGCCAUCAAUCCGUCUUCAACACCCUUUCUCCGGAGUAGAAAGUUGUGCGCUAAAAAUGUCUUCACAAUAUCUAGUGUCUAAGAAAUAAACUUUACUCUAUAAAGCUGUAAGUCAUAAAUUCAAGCCAACGCUUCUUAUUUCCUCUGCUGCAGACGCGUUGAUACUUUCUUAUAAUAUUCUUCUUUCUUGGAAAAUAUUGUAUUUCUAUUAAGGUUAAAUCCUCUUGCUUACCCUGAGUAAACUGUUGUCAUAUUGUAUAUCAACUUUUGUAGAUUAAAUAAGUUUAAAUAAAGUUACAAGUUGAUAAGUCGAUAUGCAAUUUAAUAAUGUGAUGAAUCGACUCCUUGGAGUUCACGAAAUAUACUUACGUAAGUCUAAUUUUUGAGGGAGGUUGUGUUAAGUAAGGGGUUCUAACGCAGGCAGUUAACGACGGUUAUAUGUUAAACUUUUUCAUUUUUAAAUGUUCUCAAUUCGGGUCGGGUUUUUUUUUAUAUUUGUCUAAAGCGAUAAACGUUAAACGAAAAACGAAACAUAAUUUUCAGUUAAGUAUUGUAUGUAGUCAGUGUCAAGCAUGAUGGCCAAAUAAAUUUUAUAAAACAAAAGUAAUAAAUCAACCAGGAAAAUAAGGCUUCUUGCAGACAUCAAUCAGUACUAUUUAGGGUAAUAUCAUUAUCCACUCAGUUUAUUUAUGAUAUAAUACUGAUAGUUCCUUAUCUACUCUUUUCCUUUUACAAUUUAAAACACCUUUUUCCUUUACCUCUUCUUCAAGUAUGUAUUAUCAUACUCACAUCAUAAAACAGUAAAUCAACUCCAUAAUGUCUGAACGUGACUGAUUCUUUGUCGCAACAAUAACAAUCCUUGCAUUGUAAAUAAUCGGCUUCCCGCAGAACAAUGUAGACACAGUACGGAAGUAUAAAGCUAGGCAACACUAGACAUACAUUCAAGUGGAGUCCAUCUCAGUGCGAGGGCCUACGGCAGAGGUCGCCGUGACGUCACGUAUUUGCCAGUGUUUAAUUCACGAGUCUGUCCGCGACACGGUAGGGUUAACGAGUGUACCUGCCAGUGAUGAAGAAUUCCCUCUUUCUUUUAUAUUAUUUUCUGAAUAGCUGUGCCAGUUCAGUCAUAAAAUAUUCAAAACCGCGCGAGUUUAAGUGCUAAUGAACCGUGCAUUUUUUUUCUCUGUUUACACGUUGCAUUAUAUUCGUGAACAUCAAUCAAGAUAACGCGUGCUGAAAUUAACAAAAAUGACUUCAAAUAUUUAAUUUCUGUAACAGACUGAGCAGCCGUUAAAAUUAUAGUGCCUAUAUUUAAAAAUAUGUAUAACGUCGUCCAAUUAAGUGUUGAAGUGUAGGGACUAGCGUUCCGGUAUAAUUAAUGAUGUAAUGAAGAUGUGUAAUUAGCGAGUAAGAAAAUAAAACGAGUGCGAAAUUUAUGUUCGUAUUUACAAAGUGUGUGUGUGUAGAGUAAAGGUGAAAUGGUAGUCGGAAGUUAAGGUUAGUCGUGUGUAGGAUAUAGAAGCUGAAGAAAAUGUUGCCGGUGCCUCAAGAUCGUAUGUCGGGCCGGCGCAGUAGUUCCAUAGUCAGCCGAACACUGCUCGGUCGCCGAGCCUCCGUUUACGUCACCGGCAAUCACCAGGACCCUGCCAAGCUGAUAACUGAAAUCAACGUGCAGUUGGCGCUGUUCCGAGACCUGCUGAUCCACAUCGGGCAGCCGCACGACUGCCCCGAGCUGCGGGAGCGCGUGCGCCGCCUGCGCCGCGCUUGCGUCGAGGCGACCAAACAGACCAGCCUGCUAGUACUGCCUAAUUGUAAAAAAUCAACGAGCGACGGUUGUGCCGAGCAGCCGCAGCUGGUCCUCCUGUACUUCAUGUCACAGCUGCUGCUGCGGGAGCUCGCCAAGUGCCACAGACUUGUACAACUCGUGCCAAUGGACAUGACCUCCUAUUAUGAGAACCGGGCCGGGCCUUCGAACUUCGGUAACGUGAUCAGUCAGAUCCUGCUGUGCAAGCAGAUCACGCCGGACUUCAACCAGGAGGAGCUCUGCAGCAUCGCCAAGGACACGCAGGAGAUCACGAGAAUAGUUAACGAUAUACAAGAGUAUUUACCGCAGCAUGAAAACUUGAAUCAUUUAGAGAGCAACAUUGCGCUGAAAGGUGACGAGGUAAACGGACUAUGGAGGAAUAAGCGAAGAGGAUCCCUGUACAAAGGUAUGGGUGUGCUUUGUUGUGUGUCACGGCCCAACUACCUCUGAGGGUGACGGGGCUCGCCCGCGAGGCGGCGCACACUCGCCGCGCGCGCCGCGCUCUCCACGCGCCGGCACUCAACAGUUUAGUGAACACCAGUGAAUGUGACGUUACAUGCGCAAAAUGAAUGGGUCCAUUAUUUUGUUUAAUUAGUAACUGAUUAGCUAAUUGACAUAUUCACAGUGGUUGAUUUUAAAUCAUAUUAUCACGUAGUUCAAUUAUGUAUUAAAUUGUAAGUUAUUUAUUAUCUAUACAUAUAAGUACUGCAUACAUUCAUGCAUAGAUUUAAUUAUUAUGAAUUGCCUGGAAUGGGAUCAAUUGCGUUUAAGUAGUAUGUAAAAUAAAUAAUUAAUUAGUAUUGAUUUUGCACCACAGGUCAUUGCAUUUAUGGCUGUGUUUUUAUUUUGUAUUUUUACGCAAGGUAAACCUUUUUAAAUGGUUGAAGAGUUUUUAGUAUUGUAAACAUUUUUUUAGCUAAAGUCUUACAUCUUUCUUGUACUAUAUGACAUGACACAUCGUAAUAUAACAUAGAAAACUAUCGCGUAUGCUGUUAGAUAUUCAGGAUAGCCUAACUUUUGAUAAGAUCAUUCUAGUCGCAUCGCAAAAAUUAUAAUCUCAAUAUCUCGUCGCCCGAGACAUUUUUCAACUCUAGUCAUAUACAACCUAUUUACUAUUUUCAUUAUAGCUCUACACCCUGUAUAUAAAACAUACCUAAUUUAUUAAUAGAGGUAUUAUUUGUGUCUUCAUUAGGUACGGUACGAUAGUAUUUUUGUAAGAAUACGUAGCUAUUACUAUUAAAAUGGGUUAUCAUUAGAAAACAUUUAAUUUUAUAUUCAUUGAACCUAGUCACUGUUGCGUGCAUUUUAAACUUGAAUAUUCUAGUCAAUUAUCGUAAUACCAUGAAGUUAUUAAGAAUUAAAUACUUAUUAAGGCUAAUAGAUAAAACAUCUGGUAUCAAAACAAGUGCACAUCUGGGAAAAUCAACCUAGCAACAGCGUACUCGUACGUCAAAUGUCAAUGUUUUCGUGUCAACAAAUAUUGUAAAUAAUUAUGACAGAGUAAACUGAAACUUAUUCAAUGGAAAUAAAAUCUAUUUUCGUGAUAUGCACAGAGGUAAAGCUCAACGAUAUUCGCAUCGCAGAAAUCGUGGUUACUGAACAACAUAGCACACGACAUGCGAUUCACAUCCACAAAGCAAACACAACCGACUGAAACUUUAUGAUGUGCACCCCACUUUAUACAUUUAUACGUAUAAGUAUUUAUUCAUUUCUCGCCUUUAUUGAUAUUAAGCCAACAAUAUUGACAUUAAACUCCAUCAAAUAGGAGCUAGAUUGUAUAAAAUUGUAUGUAUCUCAAAAAUUAUCGUAUUAGUAAAAUGUUGCCUAAAUAUGUCUAUUUAAUAAUAGUUGUUGAUUAAGAUGUAAUACAAUAAAUAUUAUGUAACAGUGUAUCUACAUAGGAUUGUUAAUUUGUGUAGUGCACUGCAAACACAGGUACCUAAUAAAUUAAGCUAUUAGUAGUGAUCACGAUAGAACACGAUAUCAUACGUUUAUCAAUAGGCACACCACGUAGACGGUAUCUUUUGUGACUUUCUUUCUGUAUUCCAACUUAUGUACUAGUCAUACAGCCUAACGGUUCAAUUUGUGUAAUACACUAUUAUAAUAAUCCACUUACUAAGGUGAAGACUGUGAUAUACUCGUAAUAUAAAAUUAUUAUUAUAGAACAAAAUAAUUAUGCAUUAGUAAAAACGUAAUUGAAUUA